UCAACAUCUUCUUUCUUCUCUUCAAUCAAAAUGAGGUGUUUCACAAUUCUCUUGUUUUUUUCAUCUAUAGUAGCCGUGGGAUUGGCCUCUAAUGUUGAAGAUGAGGGUAUAAUUAGCCAAGUAGUAGAAAUUCACCGUCUAAGGCCACAAACUGGUUCUGCUGGUUAUACCGUCCCACAAUUGGACUGUCUUAGCUGGCGCCUCGCCGUGGAGACGAACAACCUUCAAAACUGGAGAUUGGUACCUAAAGAGUGUGAAAACUAUGUAGGUCAUUACAUGUUAGGCAAACAAUAUCGACGUGACUGUGAGUAUGUAGCCAAACAGGCUAUUGAAUAUGCCAAAGCCCUUAAACUUGGCGGAGAUGGAAAGGACGUUUGGGUAUUUGAUAUUGAUGAAACUACUCUCUCAAAUCUUCCUUACUACGCUCGAUCCGACGUUGCUUUUGGGGCUAUAGCAUACAACAACACAAAGUUUAAUGCGUGGACAGCUGAGGGAAAAGCGCCAGCGAUUCCAUCGAUACUGGGUGUAUACAAGACUGUGUUGUCUUUGGGGAUCAAGCCCGUUUUCAUUACAGGGACAAGAGAAAAUUUCAAACAAGUUAGGAUUGUCAAUCUCAAGAAAGUUGGUUAUAGCAACUGGGCAGCACUUAUACUAAAGGGAGAAAAUGAUUCGGGAUCAGCAGUGCAAUUUAAAUCAAGCAAGAGAACGGAAUUAGUUAAAGCUGGAUAUAGAAUUGUUGGUAAUAUUGGAGAUCAAUGGACUGAUUUAAUAGGAGAAAAUGUUGGAGCUCGUACAUUCAAAGUCCCUGACCCUAUGUAUUACAUUAGUUGAUUCGAAGCAAAUUUUAAUCAUCAACAAAGGGGGAUAGCUUUUUUAUUUCAUGUUUUUAUGUAUUUCGAAUUUUCCUAUUCAUCACCCUCACUUUGCUAUAAUAACGACUUGCUUCAACAUUUUAA